AUGUCUUCAAAAACUGCCGUACUUGAAGAUGUCCUUUCGGACGAGUCCAGUUUUUAUGGAGACGACGAUACAAAGGAAGAAUUCGAAAAUCGCGCAGCAAGCUACGACGGUAGAGAAGACUGGCUCGAAUUCCAGCAAAACUCGCCCGCUGCAAUCGCAUACAAAACACUCCAUCCACCAGCAAAGAGCUCAGAAGCAGACGACGACGAGGCUGCGAAUCUUUCCUCCAAGCUGCUGCCAUCGCACAACAAACGGGCUCAUGUGCACGAUGGACGACAAGAGCAUUGUUGGCACAUGAACGAACCCAUCCACGAGUUCACAAGCAGACUACGACCUUCUGACGCAAUCUGUGCAGAACUACUGGGGCCUUGGAUUCGAGUGCGUUACCCGUUUACUAAAGAAGAGACAUCCGAUGAGGAAAUAGCACGCUUUGUUUCCCAAGGAAGGAGGCUUUUGUAUGACUUUGAGGAGGAUAAAUCGAAUCUUGAAGUAGCGCAUGCAAAAUCAAACGCCAAAAGCACAGCUCCGUUGACCCGCAAGCUCAACACGAUGCGCAAGACACUGGAGAAAAAGCUCUUGUCAAUGGCGCGAGAACGCGGCGUUACCGAUGGGAAGUGGAUGUUUUUUAAACCUCCGGGUCAGAUUGACGAGUACUGGACUACUAUUGCCGCUACAACGUCUAGAGGGGAGUUGGGGAUUCAAGCCAAAGUUGCUACAAGCUCGUCGUCCGCGUCGAGCAGCGAUCGAGUUAUCUGUGUGUAUACGCAUGAUUGGGAGGAUAAACGCGACGUGCGUCGUGUGUUGGAAAAAUCGGUUACAUUAGGACUGGUGAGAGAAGACCAGAAGCCGAUCUAUUACAAGUGCGAUGCUUGGACAUAUCUUGAUAUCAAAGCCAACAAUCCUUGGGGAUUGAAAGCGAGUAUGUAUUCAAGUAGGGACAUACUGCAAGGAAGACCCUAA